CCCUUCGUAUCAGCAACUCAUAUCCCGAAUAACUCAUUCAAUAAUCAAAAAACGAACACAUAUUAUUGCGACGAUCUACAGCUGUAAUACCACCAUGUGGUCCAUUUGGGCAGUGGCUAUUGUCGUCAUCGUGGCUCUCCUACUCAGAUGGCUUCGAUCCCCGCUCGCAGCACUUCCCGGUCCGCUCAUCACCAACUUCACAUCGAUAUGGAUCAAGUAUCAUGAAUUCUCCGCCAAUCGACGGCUUUAUAUCCACGAACUACAUAAGAAAUAUGGACCUGUUGUCCGAUUGAGUCCUAAUGAGGUAUCCUUCACCAGUCUUGAGGCUGUUAAAGAGAUCUAUGCCUCCGGAGGGAGCGGAUAUGACAGGACAGAACUAUACAAUCUGUUUGCACAAUUCGGUGAAAAGACCAUGUUCUCAACUUUGGGGAAGAAGGAUCACAGCCAGCGGAAGCGAUGUUUUGCAGAUCGAUAUUCCCUCACCAAUAUCAUGCGCAAGGACUCAAUAGCGAGUAUCCAGAAGAAUGCUAUUGAAUUCGUCAGAAAAUGCAUGGAGACGAGUGGGACUAGCGUCGACGUCUAUGUACUCCUACACUGCUAUGCAUUGGAUUGUGUGACGCAUUUCAUGUUCAGUCCUGGAGGAACUCACUCAUUGACCAGUGUUAAAGACUUCGAGCUCAUGGAAGAGCUUACUUAUCACAAUAGUCUACAGAAAAAUCUACUUGCCCACUAUCUUCCAGGGUUGGAACCGUAUUUCCCUAAAUUCCUCUUGCCAAGGCUAUCGCCCAAGUCAGAUCAGUAUGUCCUAGACAAAGUCGAAGAAGGUCUCCGUGCCGACGAGUAUACUUUAGUCAGGCGGCUACUUAGCAAAGAUAAUGGGCUCCAUAACAUUCAAGUUGCGGCGGAAUGUAAAGAUCAUAUGGCUGCAGGUAUCGACACCACUGGGGACGGACUAUGUUUCCUGAUGUGGGAACUCUCCCAGCCGCAUAACAGUCACAUUCAAGAACGUCUACAUCUCGAAGUGAGCGGGGCAUUAGCAGAUACCACUUUAGAAGAUCUGCCAUAUCUGGAUGCAGUCGUCAAGGAAGCUUUGCGACUAGCGCCGCCGAUUCCAAUGUCUUUCCCUCGAUAUGUACCCAAGGGCGGAAGCAUGAUAGAUGGUUAUCAUAUCCCCGGAGGGACCAUCGUCAGCUGCCAGCCUUAUUCUGUUCACAGACUGAACGAGCAAGUCUUUCCACGCCCUGAUAUCUUCUUUCCAGAACGGUGGCUGGAUCCCGAUGGAGCCAGCGACAGGAAUAGGCUUUUCUUUGCAUUUUCCACUGGAGCUCGAGGAUGUACCGGGAAGAACCUUGCUCUCGUCGAGAUGAAAAUCCUCCUCCGAGAAGUAUAUUCUCGCUUCAAGACUGAAGUCGCACCAGACAUGCAUGGGAGUAUGGAUAUAGAUGACCAGAUCAUAUCCGCGAGGCCCAAAGACCAGACCUGCAAAUUGAUAUUCACUCCUUACGAACGAAAAGUAUCUAGUACACUUCUAUUCUGAUCAAGUAGUAUAUCGUCCUCUGGCACCUAUGUGGGCGGACAAAGAAGCGUGAUGGCGAUCUGUGGUAUCAUCCAUCUGCGGCAGAUCCUUCAGAUUUGUAUGUAGGGCAUGAAUAGCAA